AUGGAACGACAGCUGCAAGCUCCGCCCGCAGGUAGACGGCGAAUAUCCGAACCGCUGGACACUAAAACAGCGGACAAAGCAUCUGCAAAUAUUUCUCGUCGCCAGCGUUUAGAAUUCGCUCUGACCCUUUUGCCUUAUGAUCCGGAGACUGUUCAGCUCUCCGAGAAGCAGAAAAAGGUGGAGGAAAUCAUUGCCCGACUGCGAACAGAUGACUCAUUUACAGAGGAGGAGAGUGAAGAUGGAAAGAUGCGACGUAUCCAAGAAGCCAACGAAUUUGCCGAUUGCGCCAUGCGUCACAUCGAAAUGACAGACAAUGGCAAGCUAAGCACUCUGGAAACUCUAACUUUGGCUGCUGAGAAACUGCUAAAAUCACAAGGAUCACCGCGAGAUGAGGAUGAGCCAGAUCAGGAUAUUACUGACAUUGUGCGAAGUGUGGAAAAAUCGCAGCUAAUGCGGAACACCAUUAAAGCGGUAAAUGAGGCGCGGCUUAAGCUUCUCCAGCAAUGGGAACGUAGCAAGCGUAAGGCUCUGGAUCUUCUGACCAUCGAGAUCGAGAAGGUGCAAGAAAUGGACCAGGAGCAAGAGGAAGAGCCAGAACAGGAGCAGGAGCAAGAGCAGAGUUCGGAGCCCUUUGAUGCCUUCCGCGACGGCGCCGAUGACCACAACACGUCCACGCCGAAAACCAACGACGAGGACCUUUGUUUGGAUGAUGAUGAUGAAGAUUAUGUUCCAGGUGAGGAAGAACCAGCGGUAAACAAGAGGAAGCGCAUUAAGAAGCCGGUAACUUCCACGCCGCAUGCCAAGCGCCGGUGUCCGGGUUUCGAAUUUGAUCAAGACAGCGAGUCCCCAAUGGUGAUGAUCGGUCCCAAUGGCACCGAAGUGUCCCGCGUUAGUCUGAGUGCCAUUAACUGGGACAUGACCGGACCCUCUAUUACCAGAAAGCUGCUCUGCGAGAUCUUCGACCGGGAUACUCUGGCUCACCAUACACUCUCUGGAAAACCAUCGCCAGCCUUCAGGGACUGCGCCCGUCCCAGCAAACAGCAACUGGAUCCUCUCAAGGUGGCCGAUCUGGUCUAUCUGAUGACCAACAGCCUAGACAUGACUCCCCGUGAAGUACGAACCGCAAUCACCACGAAAUGUGCCGAUGAAAACAAGAUGCUCCGGUCGCGAAUGCAGCGCAAGUCGAAGUAGAUAAUUCUUUUGGAAUCUGAUAAAUAUUCAAUGUAUAUUGCAGUGAGACUCCUUUUCAUAAUCCUAUAAUAAUUCCUAGAGCAUUUCUUCCCGAUUUUAUAAUGAACUAAGUCCCGGCCCAGCCGAAAACAAGGAGAGCACAAAGUAAAUAAAGUUGCCCAUUUUCUUACCCACAACUUGAUUGGACUUCGUAUGGUUG